UGCUGCGGGGCCAGAAGAGCAAUGGCGGCGAGUGGCGGAGGCCGCCGCGAUCCCCUGGCCCCCUCCGGGAGUCCCUGUGCUUUCUCUCCGCGGGGCCAGCACUACUUUUCGUUAGCCGGUCCGGAUGGGCACUUGCGGGUGUGGGAGACAGCCAGCAGCCGCCUGCACCAGGACUUCGUUCCUUCCGCUCACCUCAGCGCCACCUGCACCUGCCUGGCCUGGGCCCCGCCGCGGUCGCUGGCUAAGGAAGGUCCCCAGAGGAAAAAAAGGAAAUCUGAAGCUGUAGGAACUGGUGACCAGGUUGACCUAUUGGCCAUUGGUACAGCAGUUGGCAGCAUUUUAUUAUACAACACAUUAAAAGGAGAGUUACAGAGCAAACUCGUAAGUGGUGGACAUGACAAUAAAGUAAAUUGCAUACAGUGGCAUCAAGAUAAUGAUUGUUUGUAUAGCUGUUCAGAUGAUAAACAUAUUGUGGAAUGGAAUACACAGACUUGCAGAGUAAAGUGCAAAUGGAAAGGUGACAUCAGCAGUGUCAGUGCUUUGUGCAUCAGCCCUGAUGGGAAAAUGUUGCUUUCGGCUGGUCGAACUAUCAAACUAUGGGAUUUGGAGACUAAAGAAGUCUAUAGACAUUUCACAGGUCACGCAACAGCUGUUUCAUCACUCAUGUUCACAACUCUUAGACCUCCUAAAGAAAGUCAGCCCUUUGAUGGAAUUACUGGUCUUUAUUUCUUAUCUGGAGCAGUACAUGACCGAUUACUUAAUGUAUGGCAAGUUCGGUCAGAAAGUAAAGAGAAGAAUGCAGUGAUGUCUUUUACAGUUACUGAUGAACCGGUCUACAUUGACCUGACUCUGUCAGAAAACAAAGAGGAGCCUGUAAAGUUAGCUGUUGUUUGCAGAGAUGGACAAGUCCAUUUAUUUGAACACAUAUUAAAUGGAUACUGCAAAAAGCCUUUGACUUCGAAUUGCACUAUUCAGAUUGCAACAUCUGGGAAAGAUAAAGAAUCAACACCUAGUCCUAUCCCAAUUCUAGCAGCAGCUUUUUGUUCAGAUAAGCAAUCUUUGCUACUUGUCUAUGGCAGUCUUUUGCAGCCAGCUAUUGAAAGAGUGUCUUUGACGUCCAAAGAACCUCAUAUGUGUCUGAUAAGAGAUAUUAAUUGUUGGACUCCAAAAAUAGGAGUAGCUGUAACAAAGGUAAAAACACCUGUGAUGAAUUCAGAAGCCAAAGUUUUAGGCCCUGGAAUUCCUGGACAUCAUGCAGCCAUGAAAGCUACAUUGGAGACAGAAAAAACAGAAAGCAAAAAGAGAUUAAAGGAGAAUGAGCAAAUUAGCAUUGAAGAGCGAUUGGGAGCAAUGGAUAUAGACACCAUGAAAGAAAAAAGAAAAGGGGACCUGAAGGCAGACAGCUAUCCUGUUCUUCUAGUGCAAGGCCUAGAAAGUAAUGACUGCUAUAUGUUAAAUAAAGUACUUCAAACAAGAAAGGAUACCUUAAUAAGAAACACAGUGUUAAGGAUUCCAGUGUAUGCUGUUAUUCCUUUAUUGAAUGAGCUUACUAAGAGGUUGCAAGGACAUCCAAAUAGUGCUGUGCUUAUGGUUCCAUGGUUAAAAUCUGUGUUAACCAUACAUGCGUCUUAUCUGUCCACACUGCCUGACCUGGUACCCCAGCUGGGCAUGUUAUACCAGUUGAUGGAGAGCAGAGUCAAAACCUUAAGGAAGCUCUCUCGACUGCACGGAAAACUCAUCCUUCUUAUUACACAGGUGGCAGCAUCUGAAAAAACUCAAGGUGUGCCUCCACCUGAGCAGACAGCCAAGUUGGUUUAUGAGGAAGAAUCUUCUGAAGAGGAGUCUGAUGAUGAAUUAAUGGCAGAUAAAAAUUCGGAUGAAAAUUGGGAGGAGGAUGAAGAAGAGAGAGAAAGUGAAAAGGAUGAAGUCGAAGAUGAUGAUGAAGAUGAUGAUGAUGAUGAUGAUGAACAAGAAAUAGAUCAGGACACAGAAAAUGGUGAGGAGAAAGAAAUGGCUCUUGAAAAAGAAAUAAAUGGAGAUUCUGAUUUGGACCCAGAAAAUGAAAGUGAAGAAGAAUGAAGAAGAAAGGAAAAAUAGGCCAAUAGAACUAUAAACUUUGGCUCACAUUGUUGAAUGCUGCCAUGUUCUCCUGGAGAGGGCAGUCUCUGUAUUUGACCUCUGUGGCAGAAUGCAGAAGGCCCUCCCACCUUUCCAAAUUCAAAAUGGUGGUCUCACCAUGCCAGCCCCCCUUCUCCUUCUCACCUCAAACUUAACUGUGUAAAUAAGAAUGUUUCUUUCGAUUGUUAAUAAACUUUACACAGUAAAUAGACACAUUUUUCUGCAACAUACUGACACGAUUGUCCUACAUAUCUUAUAUUUUUAUAAUAUAAUAAAGUCCUGGAAUGAUUGGUUAUAUCAAGAAUUGAGUUAAAUAAAAAUGAGGAAAUUAUCCCCCCAACCCAUCCCCCUAUCAAAACCACAGCCCAACCUGUUCUUUGGAGGAAUCCAUUCUUAUUGCAGGUUGGUAUGUAAUCUGGUCCAGGUGUGACCCUGUCCUGAGUAAACUUGGUAAGAAGUUACACAUGAGCCAAAUUUGCCUUUUUGUGUGGAAGACAAAGCAUAACAAAAAUGAAAGUAUAGAUAUGAUUGCAGGCUUUUAGAAAAACACCUUUGAUCUCUAGGAAUAUUGGCCAAAGUAAUCUGAACCAGGCAGGCUCAGUCACUGGACUUAUCUUCCUAUUCCACCAACAACAACCCCACCUAUCAAACAAAAAAAACUCCAGAAAAUCUAGCUAAUUAAAAAAAAUUUUAAGUAAUUUUUAAAGAAAAACAGUCAUGAUAGUUCAAAAGCCAAAAUGACCAAUUAUCCUAGCUCCAUGAACGGUUCCCUGUGCCCUAGUCAUGUUCUAGGGAUCCAUCCAGUGUUCAUUCUUAAAGCACAUGCCAAUUGUCUGCGCCCUGUUCUUUGGUAUUCACCCACAGUCGCUGCUGAAGUAAUGAAUUCACUUCAGCUUUCCACCGUCAAUUAAGAUUUUAGAACAGAGACCAAUUUUUCCUUCCUUUUGGCUUCAGUUAAUAUUGGUGAUCAUCCUAGCAACAGAUUUUUUUUUCUUAUCCAAGGAAAAUAUAUUUAUGACAGUAAUUAAAUGCUUUCUUGAAACUCUUUCUAUUAACUAAGCUUGGCAAAAUUUAGAGACCAUUUUUUUAAAAGAAAAAUUGGACUCAAGCUUUUUUAUGUAUGUGUAAACCAUAUUUUUAUUUUUGUUUUCUGAAAAAAUAUCUUUUAGAAUUAUCAGUGACUUAAUUGAAAAGAAAAAUUUUGGACCUCAUUUAGGGCUAAAUAGGGGGAUAUUCAUUGGAACAUGGUUUCUAAUAGGAAGGGUGGGCUAGGUGGAUAGGUGUUUUUUUUUUUUCCUUGUGAAUAUUUAAAACAAUUAUAUUUGUUAGGGAGUUUUUAAUCUCAGUGGCCAAACAAGAAUCUCUUUUUGCUCUGCUUAUUGAAUUGGAGCCACAUUAUCAUCUUGGGCAGAGUGAGUUUGAGCUGGCCAUGGACAUAUUGUAUGUACAGUCUAUUUGUCUAUAAAUGGAGCUCUUUAUGGCUACCAAACACCACUCUCUUUGUAAAGUGAAUAAAUGUACAUCUUUACCCA